AUGCUACCAGAAACUAAAUGCGGCAGCGACAGUUCUGAUAACGGCGCCAACCUCGAGAAAACGUUCCUCACAGCAGAAUUACAGCCCCUCGCACAAGACAUCCGAAAUGGCAACCUCGAAGUGGUUGGUAGCCCAAAGGGCUUUGAUCCUACCAACAUUGCACUCGACGCUAGGAAUUACGUUCAGAUAUCCUAUGCCUCAGCUCGCAUUUGUGUGCUCAACCCUAACCUCUUUGAGAACUUGCACAUGCCAAAAGACAACCUGGCCGAUGGUCUUCAGACUUUUAUCGGCUCAUGCUGUCCUGCCAACGCCACACAGGAAUGCCAAGCAGGCACAACACCUUCAAUGGUGAUACGUCUGCAACGGUCGGAAUGCCUUGUCGCGGGUACUCUGAAGUAUUUGGACUUUCUCGAGUCCUUCAUCUCCAACGAUGCUUUCCAGUUGGUCUUCAUCACCUCGCUCGAUGGUGUCGCAGCUUUCGCCAAUAUAGAAGUCAAGGAACCGAGCUCACUCGCCAGAGUUGCGAUAAGGACCGGCCGGAGUUUCGAAGACAUCCUGGACCGAGCGGGCACAGACACCUCUCUGUUUUCUGAGCAGCCGCUGGUCGAUGCUCGCCAUAUCGCUCAGACAGCGGUUCAUGAAGGAAUAGACGCCGCGACACGAGAAGCUGAAGCUGAUGGUGAGCUUGUGAUUGAAGCGGGACUAGAUGCAGCGGCGGCCGGCUUGGAGGACCCGGAUCCGUUCGAUGUUUAG